CAUAAUUCUGACUUUCCUGUUAUUGCUUUGAUGGCACGCGACUUUUUGGCGAUACCUGCUACUUCGGUGUCUGUCGAGCGUCUAUUCUCAGGUUCACGUCAUGUAUGUCGCGAUUCUCGUUCCUCGCUCAAGGCAUCAACAAUUACUAAGGUUAUGUGUACGAAAAAAUGGUUGGAGGAUCCUGACUUGUUCUUCCAAGCUGUUACAAAGACUAGAUAG